AUGGUGUCUUUCAACGUUCCUUUCCUCGUCAGCUUGCUGGCCGGCUCUAUCGUUGCUGCGCCAGUUUCCGUGCCUCAAGCAUCUGCUCCACUUCCAGAAUCCGGCAAACGAGGCCUCGCCUACAACGAUCCAUCCGCCCUCCAGCCCUUCAAGGGCACCCCCGCCAAUUCAUGGAACUACAACUGGGGAAGCUCUUCUGACGGCAGUUCUGGCGCAGAAUACGUCCCUAUGCUUUGGGGUCCUAAAUUCUUCAACAGCUGGAACCCAAGCAGCGUCCUCGGUUCCGGCAACAAAUGCAUCCUCGGGUUCAACGAGCCCGACCAUGGUGAGCAAGCAUCCAUGUCACCACAAUCCGCUGCCGAAGCCUUCAAGCAAUACCUUACCCCUCUCGCCGGCAAGCUCCAGCUCGGCUCUCCCGGCGUCACCAACGGUGGUGGAGCAAUGGGUCUGAACUGGAUGCAAUCCUUCCUCGACAGCUGCACCGACUGCAAGAUCGACUUCCUUGCCAUCCACUGGUACAGCCCGGCCGGCGAGGUUGAGGGAUUCAAGAACCACAUUUCCCAAGCCAUCGAACUUGGACGCAGCCACGGUAUCGACAAGGUCUGGAUUACUGAGUUCCAGGGCCUCGGUGACGACCAAGCUCAAGCCGAAUUCAUCAAGCAAGUCGUGCCAUGGCUUGAUGCCAACCCUGGUGUUGCCCGCUACUCUUACUUCAAGGCCGAGAACUUGGUUUCGGGCGGUCAGCUCAACACUGUUGGAAAGGCUUAUGCCGAAUCUUAA